ACAAGAUCCUGGGGUAUCUUGAUCCUCCUGGCUCUAUCAGUUUAACAGGAAUUAAGACUUAUCACAGGGGAGAAGAAGAAUAUUUUGCUAUGACAAAUGAAGGGACCGUUUUGGGAGAAGAAACCUUGGAGAAGCUUCUGUUGUAUGCAAGACCACGUACGAUAAUUUGGACGUCGGAUUUGUUUAUGCUUUUGACAAGACGAGAAAUGGUUCUUUCACAAGAAAAGGCGACUUCUAUAUAUGGGCUCGCUUGGGUGGCCGGAGCCUGCAGCGUUAAAAAAAUGAUGGUUGUUACGGAUGUAAAAGGUCUACAUACUACUUAUCUCGUCGCAGCCCACGAAAUUGGACACUUCACCCCGCAGGCUAAGUGCUUGUUCCAAGAUGACUACGUACCGGCCAUAACGACCGAUCCAAAACGUGAAGAAGAAAGAGCUGCAAAGUGUACCAGACUCUUGCCUGGGGGCGAGAAACUCCUGGGUACUGAGACGUACGGAUUGUGCUCGUUUUCUUGCUACAGUGACCAAUUGUACUCUUUUGUCCUUGGCGAAACGGACGGUACCCCCUGCAACGAAGGAGAUCCCUCAAUGAAAUGCCGGAACGGGGCCUGCGUGAAAGAGGAACUGCCACCAACGGAAACAAAUCACAAGGAAAAAGACCAGAAGGGAAAUGAUCAGAAGGAAGAAAAUCAGACGAACAGCCCAUUGACUAACCUCUCAUCUUGCAUGAAAUUUUUGGAUACUUGCGGGUUUGUGCAGCGCUAACACACGUGUGC